AUGGAACCCAACUCCUCCGAAACGAUCCGCGAGCUCCAUGGCGACCUACAGCGCAAAUGGAAAGCUCACGGUCCCAAAGUCGAUACUGCAUGGCGAUCAUUCAACAAAGCGCAGCGCGCCAAAUGCAUGAAGGCUGGAGCAGUGGAUGGACAAGUCCUGAAGCAUUCCCGAGAUGCGUCGCUAGGCAACGUCUGCAAGUUUAUUCCCGAGUGGAAUCUGAAGGACAUUACAGACCCGAACUCGGCCUUAUUCCUCGAUAUCCUCAAGCACCGUGCUACGAAAUCCCUGAGUGAGCAGUACCGCAGUGGUCACAACGGAACUGCUGGAGAUCUCGAUCUUAUCGAUGAGAUGGCACGAACCCGAAACUUGCGCCAUGUGAAUGAAUUCAAGAACUGCUUUACUCUCUUCGAUGAGAGCGAGUACGGAUUCUCUUUCCGUGUUCCCGCGGGCCAGAACGUCAAAGAAGCUUUAUCAGGGAUGGAGUCAGCCAUUCAGCAACGAUACAUCAUCCCACAGUCGUUGGGGGAGCUCAUUCUUCAGCGGCAACUCUACCUACUGCAGGCGCUCAACAUCAUGAUUGAGGAUAUUCUGGACCAAGGUUCCGAAACCCGAGAUCGAAGCCAGCUAGCCAAGAAUUCCAAGCCGCCAACCGCUCCCCUAUCCGACUCUAUCGGCAAGCAGGCAAGCGUCAAACUCAACCUCAAAGAGCUUUCCGCCAUUGCAUCCGACCAGAAAUCGUCUCUUGAAGAAUACCUGUCGCUUCUUCGCACAGAGCCCACCGUUCUUUGCGCCGGCGUCAACGUGCAGUUCUUCACUCGCCCUGAGCUUGUGCCUGACGAGAAAGGCCGAUCGCUACCAGUUCACACAGACAAAUAUGUUGGGCCUGCAGUCUUUGAAACAGUUCACAACGCGAUUCAAGGAAUCGCUAUCUGGGAAUCCAUCACUAGCCUGCUUGACCUCCUCGAGAAGCCAUCCAGCGAUAAGCUGUACAAGUCGACGAUCCUCCAAGAACUCUCUAAUUUGUGCCAUUUCGAGUACGCCCGCACUCAGGCCCUGUAUAAGCGCCGAGUCUCGACAGGAUCUGGAUCGAAGUGGUUCAAACGACUGUCUAACGUGUACGAUAAAGUAGGCAAUGCCAAAGUCUCGAUGAAGGGCAAGCCGGAGGAACUUACGCGCUCUGAUCCUCAGCUACACUACUUAUUGCGACUCUGUCAACCGGAAACAACCGUCACGAAAGCCGUGGAGUGGAUGCAAAAGCUCAGUGACCUCUACAGGGCCCAUCCCUUGGAACGAGAAAGGCUCCAGGACAGGGAGUCUCGUACACUUUAUGAUAUGGCUGCAAUCAUCGCCUUCGUCCAGGAUCUUUCCGCUGUGUAUUCGCUUCCCUCAUCAUCGCGCAAGAAGUGUACUGUGCUAGUUGCUGGGCUGCAAGACGUUGAUGCUGAGCUUGAUCAGAUCAAGAAAGAAGUUGAUCUGCGCGACUAUGCUGCCCCAAUCGACAAUCUUCUUGAACCUGGCGUGUCUGAUAGAGCACUGGAAGCUCUUGAUCAGUUCGUCAUCGACAAAACCGGCACCCAGAUGGGCUCUCUGUACCAAGAUGAACUGGACAAGGCAUUCCGGAAUAUCGAAGAACAGUACCAACAGGCCAAGGAUAAGUCAAGCAAGGAUAGCAAGGCGGAUUUCGUCCCCAUCGACACCACUCCAGUAGACGCAAAGGAGAGAAUCGAGACUCGAAGACAGAAAGAAAAGACUCGCCCAGAACACUCCUCUGUCUACGCGAUCACCCCAACCACAGACUCUGCUGAACACAAGGAGGCUACAAAGCCGGUCCAGCGAGUCAAGGUCAGCUCAUCAACAGCCGAGGUCUUUGCGACCCUCUUCAACAAGACUCGAUCACGAGGAUCUGUUAACUGGUCGUCUUUCGAGGCGGCCAUGUCUGAGCUGGGAUUCUCGGUCCUACCACGAUUUGGAUCAGUUUACAUGUUCAGACCCUCCGAGAACAUGGAUAUCAAGAGGCCUGUUAGCAUUCACCGACCGCAUCAGUCGCAGAUCGAGGGUCAUUUGAUCUUGAUUUUGGCGAGACGCUUGAAUCGGGCUUAUGGAUGGAGUGAAGAUUCUUUUGUCACAGAGUAA